ACUUACAAAAUCUGAUAAUAAUCAUUCUGUUUCAUUUUGGAAAACACUUGCUGAAAUGGCAGAAAAAGGAUUACAAAAUUUAACAUAUUCUGAAAUUUUUUUUGAUUUUAUAUCAAUUCUUGCAUCUUUAAGUCCACGAGCAUACAAUCUUUUUCGACAAAAUUUGGCUGGAAGAACAAUUCAAAAUAUUAGAUUGCAAAGAUCAUGUUCUGAAUAUGCACUUCAUGAUAUUAGCCUUUGUUAUAAAAAUGUUGUACAACUUGGAUAUUCAUCUCUUCUUGGAUGUAUUGUUGGUUCAACACUUCCAGCUUUACAAACCCGUGUACAAAGUCAUAAUAAUAUCUAUACAAUAAUUGAUAAAAUUAAAUCAAAAAAUGCAAUUGCUUCACAAGUUAGAAUAUUACUUGUUAUUGCAUAUCGUAAUUUUUAUCCAACAUAUCUAUUUGUACCGUGGAUGUAUAGUUCUGAAGGCUGCGAACAUUUUUUUGGAUUAGCACAUCAAUUAUUAUCAGAUUUUUUAUUUAAUAAUCUUAUCACUUUAGUUCCUAAAAUAUCAUAUCUUUAUAAAGCAUAUACAUCUGAAUCAAUUUCAGUUUUUAAAAAGAAAACUUCUGCAACAGGUUAUUUUUCUCAUUAUCAGGAUGAUAAUAUUUAUAAGCAUAUUGAUAAUUUGCAGCAAUGGCCUACAAAUGAAGAAAUUAAAGCU